UGGCAUGGUUAUUAUGUGUUUUUUCUCUAAGGUUUGAAAUCCAAUCUAAUCCUCUUGUUUCCAUCUCACAGCUCUAAAAAUGGCAAAUGCUUUGAGAGUUGGUUGUGUUAUCUCUCUCUGCUCCUUACGGAAUACCACAUCCUAUCUUCCCCUUCUCUCCAACGCCACGCGCUUCCGUUCCAAGUUCCCGUUUUUCACCCUCUCAUCGUCGCAAAACUCAUUUGGGUCUCCUUCAUUUCGAACACUCUCUUCUUCUUCCAUUGAUGAAGCAGUAACCACCGAAGCCAUCACGGGGAAUGCAGGUGGUGAAGCUGAGAGCAGUAUUAGGGACUCCGCGGGGCUGCUUGACAUAAGGGUUGGACGCAUUCUGAGGGCAUGGAAACACGAUGAAGCUGAUUCUCUGUAUGUUGAAGAGGUUGAUAUCGGUGAGCCUGAACCCAGAAUCAUAUGCAGUGGCCUUGUCAAGUACAUCCCUAUUGAACACCUUCAGGGAAAAAAGGUUAUUGUCCUUUCCAACCUGAAGCCAAGAAAUAUGCGUGGUGUCAAGUCCUGCGGAAUGCUGAUGGCGGCUUCUGAUGCAAAGCAUGAGAAUGUUGAACUUCUGUUCCCUCCUGAGGAAGCAACUCCUGGUGAAAGAAUAUGGUUUGGAACGGAAGAUGAAAAAGAUAAUCAACCUGAUGCUGCCACUCCGAAUCAGAUACAAAAGAAAAAGAUAUGGGAAUUGGUGCAACCUCAUCUUAAGACAGAUGUUUCAUGCAUUGCGAUGCUAGGGGAGCAUGUCAUGCGUACAUCUGUAGGUUCAGUAGCAUGCCAGUCCUUGCAGAAUGCAAAUAUCUCCUGAUCAGCCAACACCUAUCAGUACACAAUUGUUCUGCUUAACAAUGAAUUUUUUGGUUUAUAAAUUGUUUUUUAUUUUAUAUGUACUUCAUUUUCUUCAA